UCCGGGCACAAAGCGUCACUGUGAUUAACUCGUAUAUUCGCGAACACACAUAGAUACAUUUGUAUAUGUCGAUUUAUUUGUGUAUUACUAAUUACUAAGCAAUUUGCAAAGAGGAAUCACCAUGAAGAACAUGUGGAUAAUAUUUCUGAUUGUAGGGCUAAUCGUGCUCUGCCUUCUAGUUCUAUUGUUUAUGGCAGCUCGUUAUCAGCGUGACUAUUGGCGUUACCUGGGAAUACCGCACGAGAGACCCAAAAAGCUUUGGCCCAUCAUUAAGCAGUUGGUCACACAGACCCUCAGUACCGAUGCCAUGAAGUCGGCCCAUUACACGGCCAUUUAUAACAAGUUCAAAGGCAGCGGACCCUUCUGCGGCUUCUAUGCCUUGUUACAGCCGCGUGCUCUCAUUCUCGAUCGUGAGCUGAUUCGGCAGAUAAUGGUUAAGAAUUUCUCGAAUUUCAAUGAUCGUGGGAUUUACUGUAACCAGAAAUCGGAUCCGCUGUCGGGCGAUUUGUAUGGACUGCGAGGGAAUUGUUGGAAGGAGAUGCGACAGAAACUGGAUCCCAGCUUUGAGCAAGAUCGCAUGGCCUGGCUAUAUGGCAGCCUAUACGAAGAGGCCGAGCAGCUGCUACUGGUGGUCAGCACCACGUUAAUGAAGCAACAACACUCCACGCUCCACAUACAGCAGCUAAUGCGACGUUAUGUGAUCUCUGCUCUGGCCAGUUGCGUAUUUGGCCUGAACGCCGAGCAGCGUAAGAAAUAUCCCCUGGAACAGUUUGAGGAGAUGACGGAACUGGUGUUGAGCAAACGAAAGCAUGGUUACCUUAUGAAUCUGAUAAUGAUACGAUUUCCCAACUUCUGCCGCAGGCUGAGAUUACGUCUGACGCCCAAAGAAGCGGAAACUUACUUUCUCACACUACUUGACGACAUUGUGGCCCAGAGAGAAGCCUCUGGAGUGCGUCAUCAGGACUAUCUGCAGUUGCUACUGGACAUCAAAGCGCUGGAGUUGACCACGCACGAGUACGAGGCGGACAAGGAGCUAAAUGCUCAUCUGCAGCACGAACUGGCCGCCCAUGCCUUUGUCUUUCUCAAGGCGGGCUACGAGCAGACAGCCAACACCUUGUCCUAUGUGCUGUACGAAUUGGCCCUCAACGUUGAGGUUCAGUCUCAGGUGAGAGAGGAACUCAAGCAGGCGAUGGAGAAGCAUCAGAACAAUCUUAACUACCAGUGCAUCCAAUCUCUAACACUUAUGGGUCAUGUCAUACUGGAAACCCUGCGUAUGCAUCCCAUUACACCCUACAUUAUGAGACGGGUACUUGAGAACUAUGCUGUGCCGGAUCAUCUGAAGUAUACGCUGUUCAAGGAACUCUUUUUAAUCAUACCCACACAUGCCAUACACAAUGAUCCAGAGUAUUAUCCAGAGCCAGAGCGAUUUAAACCUGAACGUUGGGGCAAUCCCAGAGAUUCAUUGAAGGAACAGAGCACAUGGUUUGGCUUUGGUGCCGGCGUUCGGAAUUGCAUUGGAAUGCAAUUUGCUCAGCUUCAAUUGCGACUGGCACUUGCGCUGCUCAUACUCGAGUUCGAGUUUACCUUGAACUCCAAGCGACCUUUGGUCAGCAUUGAUGAUGGCAUUGCAUUGCAGUUGACGCCUCUGGGCGUGGUCGAGCCCGGAAUGGAGGAGCGUGCUGUCUAACCAAGUGCAUAGCUAAACAUAGCUAACAUUUUAUUAUAAUUUAUAAUAGUUUCAAAUUACGAUUAAUGAAUUUAAGAUCUAAACAAAGGGAAUUGAAUAUUAAAAAUUUAUAAAAGUGAUCAAAUUGAAUUAAAAGUGUAUACAAAUUUAAAAACUUAAAUAGUUUUAAGCCUAUUAAAACCCAUUGGCAUCAAACAAAAA